UCCUCACCCUCAAACUCGAACAAAUAAUUGCCUCUCUCUCCCUCAAAAGUCAGCAAUAAAUCACAUAUAGUAAAAGCAAUGGAACAAAAUCCACCAGUGAUAGCCAAAAGAGUAUGGAGCAUAGUAAGAGCUGUUCUCUUCAUGAUGAAAAAGGGCAUAUUAUCCAAAAGAAAGCUCAUGGUUGAUCUCAACAUGUUGCUCAAACGCGGCAAAAUAGCCAGCGCCAAAGCCAUUGCUAACCUCCCCAUGUUCCACCGCCACCAGGUCUCUUCAUCGGCUGCGGCGCCAGCCCAGGAGUACGAGUUCAGCUGCAGCAACACCCCUAACUACAUCUUCCCUUUCAACCUCCCCACCAAGAAGAAGAACAGCAUUAACAACUACUACCACCACUUGUUCGCUUGUACCCACGCGCCUCCUACUCACGACGACGACACCGCCGCCAUGAACGCCUUCAAGGUUGUCUUGGAGAUGCUCAACAACAACAUGGGAGUGGAAAGCGAUGCUGCUGUUAUUGCGGCUUCCCCUAUGUUACCAGGGUUCGGACAAACUCCACUGGUGAGACAACUUAGAAUAACUGACUCUCCUUUCCCUUUAAGAGAUGUUGAUGAAGGUAAUGGCAACGUAGAUAAGGCUGCCGAGGACUUCAUUAAUAGGUUUUACAAGGAUUUGAAGCUCCAAAAUAACAACACUACUGCCUGAGUUAUGACAGAACCAUAUAUUUGCCUCUGUUAAUAAUUUCCAUGUUUGGAGGGAGUUGUUCAUGCUUAAUUUCUUUUUGGGGGUUCUAAUUUUGUUGUUGAUAAAACAAAUAAGAAAAGCCCUGGAUUUUUCACUUAUUCUUUCGUUAUAAACUUUUCUAUGUUAAUCAUGCGAUCAAAUAUGGUUUUGGAGUUGAAAGGAUUUAAGCAGCUCCUAAUAUCUUUAGUGGAUUAUUUUAGAGUAUUGGAAAUAAUUCAUGUAUAUUUGGUUUGUCGGUGGCAAAUAAAAAGUUUUCCUUUUGCAAUA